AUGGUGAAGCUAUGCGGUCUCGAGAAGAGGCCUGAUCUGAAUGGCUCCAACGCCGAAGUCGUCCGAGUCAAUGAUCCUUCGCAGCCUGGGAGGAUCGUGGUGAAGCUGGACUCCGGAAGUCAGCUGGCUAUCCGCCCGCAGAACAUGCAGCGUGCCGCCACAUCUCCAGAAGAGCCAGCGGAGCCUGAGCAGGCCAAGAUGGCUGAGGCCCCGAGGACUCCAAAGAAGUCAACGGCUUCAGGUGAUCCUAGCAGCAGCAGCAUUUUCGGGGCUGCCUUUGCCAAGCUCAAGGCGAAAGCGGAGGCGGAAGCACGAGGGGAGCUUCAGGAGAAGAGAAAGGUCAAGGAUGACCUGGAUAAACGAGGAGGAAUUGGCAGUUUUCAACCUGCCGGGCAAGCCAGGCGCGAGCAGAUCUUUGGGAGCGCUGCACCUGCACAGAGUGAGGAGGUGCCGGAAGAGGAGAAUCGCAAGCGCGAACCCAUCGCCUUUGUGGCGGCAGAGGACAGGCACGAGCCACCCAGCCGCAAGGUGACCGUCAUAGACCCACGGCGGCAAAAGAGACCGCUGGAGGAAUCGGAGAGUGACGAGGACGUGGUGCCGGGGGUGGUGAGGAUGCGACCGAAGGGUCGACUGGGUUUAUGUGUAGACGCCAUGGCUGCCGAGGCCUCCGUGCCCACCCAGCUCAAAGUGGAUGCGUCAAGCCAAACCGAUGAACGCUCCUUGGUGUCUCAGUACCCGGCAAACCUGUUGUUUGCUCAGGGCAUGCUGAAUACCACCCUCCUCCAGCUGCAGCAGGUUGAGCUGCAAAUCUCGCGGCUGCACGGGUAUGUCCGCGAGCACAGGUUGCUGGAAAGCAAGGCGAUGGCUAAGGGCCGCGUGGUCUUCAACGGAGAAGCCGAGGCACUCUACGCUGCCGCUGCGGCGUUGUCAGCCUAUGCGGAGGCCCCGCGAGGUGAUGCCCCCGCCCCCGCAGGCGAUGCUGCCGCGGGGCAGGAGGUGCAGAACCAGAAUCGAGCUAUGCACAGGCGAUUCAUCGGUGUGUUAUUCAAGGCUGGGCUGAUCCUCGUGCUGAUCAACGCAGAUAUGGCAUGGUAUGUGAUCCUCUUGGCGAUCGGUCUCCUGUACAUGGGUGGAGCGUUUGACUUUGCAUUGCUUCGUGGCGACAUGCCCGCAGCUGCAGCCGCACCCGCACCCGCACCAGCCCCGGAUCGAGCACCUGGGCAUGCGCGAGAAGGCGCUGCGCCUGCGCAGCCCCAAGACCAGCACCAGCUGCUGAGACGGCGCUUUGCCAACGUGGCCAAGGUGGCGCUGAUCAUGUUCUUCUUCAUAGACUCUAAGUUUGAAAAGCUUGGUCGGUGGUUUCUUUUCUUCAUACUAGCGAUACUUUAUCUUUGUGGCAUGUUCAAUAGUUGGAUCGAUUGGCUUCAGAACUUCGGGAAUGCACAGGUCACUUUGGAGCAGCAGCUGAAUGCCAUGCGACAGGAGCGAGCUGCCGAGGCGCCAGCUGCGCCUGCAGCUGCUCCAGAGGCGGCAGAAGGUGCUGCGGCAGAUGCUUCCACUGGAGGCGAAGGUGAAGUACCUGCAGAUGCGCAGAGGCCACCAGCGGAGAACCCAGAACAACCGCCGUACUGGCAGCGCUUCGUAUACCAGCUGCUGGUGAGUCACCCAGCUGCUGGUGAGUGGACUGGUAUCUCUAAGUUGCUCUCCCGGAAGCAGAGCGGCAGCGGCAGCCUCUCAUUCAAAUCAGUCAUCACAGCCUCGCAUAGCAUCGCUCAUGGCAAUUGUGGCAGCACCACGGAGAAGAUCCAGUUCGCAGGCUUGCGGCCGAGCAACUGACCACCCACUUCGGCCUGCAGAUCGGCCUCGCAGCUCAUCCACACACCGCGUGCGCCAAGUGAGACAUCAGCAAGGAUCAGAAAGGUGUGUAUCCUCUCAAUGCGAUUUCGGCAGAUGAGAGAGAGAACGGGACCGCCCGAGAAAGACACGUUGGGCUUGCUACGAGCAUUCGUCAUCACAGUACACCGAAACAUCAAGACAGUCUCCCUGCAUGUUCAAAACGCGAUA